GAGAUUGUUAAUGAACCACAAUUGAUAGUGGAAGGUCAUUCGAGGUUCGACGUAAAACAAGGUGCUCUCGGCGAUUGUUGGUUAUUAGCCGCAGUUGCCAACCUGACACUUCGCGAUGAACUCUUUUAUCGUGUUGUGCCUCCCGAUCAGAGUUUCACAGAAAACUAUGCGGGUAUAUUCCACUUUCAAUUCUGGCAUUACGGUGCCUGGGUGGAUGUUGUGGUUGAUGAUCGUUUACCGACCAAAAAUGGUGAACUAAUUUAUAUGCAUUCGGAGGAAAACAAUGAAUUUUGGAGUGCACUUCUUGAGAAGGCGUAUGCGAAGUACGAUUGUGAGGAGUUGAUUUGCCAACUUAUUUUCAGACUUUACGGUUCAUACGAAGCAUUAGAAGGUGGACUAACGUCUGAGGCGUUAGAAGAUUUUACGGGUGGAUUAAUUGAGCAGUAUGAUCUUCAUAAAUAC